CUGUUCGAGAUAAUGAAGCGUGAGCUUUCAUUAUCAGUUAAGGGACCUGCCCACAUACUAGAAGACCCCGAAACCUUGUUUGGCCUCUGACACCCUGCGCUAUAGUUGAACCCCUGCCUGCUGCUCACACCUUUCUCCAGCAGGGGCAUCCUGCUAUACCAGGCUGACUGCCUGGCACUCGGGGGAAAAUGACCGUCAGACCUGUUGGAAAAAACAUGAUCCAACCAGUGGAAAUUCCCGAUUCCCAUCAUGACGAACUUGAUUAAAUUGAAUUCGUAAGUACUUUAGUCCGACAACGCCCACUGCCGUGGCAUUUGCUUCUUCGUCCUUCUCCACCAAGUACUCUGUAUCUCGCUGUUGCGGGCAACUUACCCGGUGCUGCUUCAUUUGUGUACAGUUCGGGUUUAGUGUGACGCUAGCCAUGCUCUCCCGAGUAUUUGCAGUCCUUGCUGUCUUAUUGGCUACGUUCAUCUAUCGUAGUGGUCGUGUUACCAAACAUGGCAUUCUCACUCUUCCUGCACUGCCUCCAUCGUACUAUGUCAACGGCGAUGUUGAGACGCACUGUUCGCUUAUUCGAGAGCCAUCCCAUGCCCUUAAUUACUGCGAAGACAUGACUUUCUGGGACCACCUGGAUGCAAAUGGCACUAUAGCUACCCGUUUUAUUAUUGCGGGGUGCGAUCCCAACCGCAAGGCAUGGAAUACUGUCAUGGGUCCCCUGCGCAAUCCCGAACCCAGGGGCUACCUUUGGCUGAUCGAUACAAUGGACGAUAGUCUUCAGCGCAUUGAGUUGAAUGGAUACCCGGAAGGACACGACUUCCACCCGCUUGGGAUGGAGAUCACGCCCUCUCAAGACGGAGCCCCGUCCAUACUCUAUAUAGUCAAUCACGCACGGGAGAAGACGACGAUAGAACACUUUGUUAUUUCCCCAGAUAUUCCGACACAGGCACUCUGGCAACGCACACUUUCAUCACCUUGGUUUGUGUCUCCUAAUGCCUUGGCCAUCACGAACGAGACGUCAUUCUACGUCAGCAAUGACCAUCUCAUGACUCGUCGACUUCCUUUCCCUCUCGCACCCAUCCUGCCGUUAGUUGAGAGUAUUGCCGGACUGCCUUUAAGCUGGCUUGCACAUGUCACAGUUAAUUCUGAUGGCACAGUCACGCAUGAGCUAGCCGCCCUCGGCGUGCCUUUCGCCAAUGGCGUUGCUAUCUCCCCAGACGGCACGACCCUCGCGCUAUCUUCCACCACUGUUGGUCACAUCUACUUCUACGACCGCAACACGACAACAAAUGCACUCAAGUACCGGGAGACCGUCAACGUCCCCUUCUUCAGCGACAACAUUAUGUUCGACGAGCACGGCACACUUAUCGUCACAGGGCACCCACACUUCCCGUCUCUCACUGCGGUCGCUUCCAAUAAAACAGAUGCCCGAGCACCAAGCUGGUCUGUCUCGCUCACCCCCCUUUCAAAAAACACGCAUUUUGCGGAGAGUGCACAUGCGGUGGAUAGGAAAUUUGAUUUACGUGCACCGUUGUCGGCGUCAGAAGUUGUUCCCGCUAGUGAAGGUUGGGAGCUGGAAACACUGUUCCAGAGUGACGGGAGUGUAUUUGGAACGUCUUGCACAUCCCUCAGGGAUUUUAGAACCGGCGCACUGUACAUGGUGGGUCUAUAUGAGGAGGGGUUGAUGGUUUGUAGGCCUUAGUUGGUGGGCAGUUCUCUUCGUCGUUUGAAGAGGCCCAAGAAUGUGUCCAAAAAAAAAUACUAAAAAUGCAAUGAGGUAAAGAGGCAAGAGUACAAGAAAUCGAUGCAUGGUGAGGAAAGAAACGUCACUCGCGAACAACACUGAAUCCCGGGAACCAUCAUCGCACACCUUACUCAUACCCUCCCCAGGGGAAUAAUACUGGCACAGUUCUAAUGAAGAAACCUUGUCAGCACCAGU